AUGCAUGUGGUACAUUACAUAGGUGCUGGCGCCAAUGCGAGAUCGUUGAGGAGCAUUCCGCCCCAAAAGAUUGUGGAUUACCCGCUGGGCACGCAGGGCAACAUAUGUGUGAAAUUAGCGCUCACUCGUGUGGAAAACCCUGUUCUCUGGAAGGGAAACGUGGGUGUAUGCAUAGUUGCAAUCUGGUAG